UUUUUCACUCAUUCUUUCAUCCAGCCUUUCUUAAUUACCACGGACCCUUCCUCCACCUGCUUGACCGUUCGUUUCUAUUAUAAUACUCAACACACUUCCUUUUUGAACUCACUUGUUUACAUUAAAUUCCAUUCUUUUUUAUCCUUAUCCAUCGCCUCGUGCCAGCCUACAGCUUCUCUUUUCCUUUAUACCAUAUCCUUUAAGGUAAUUACAGUAAUAUUUUCAUUUCACAUAUAUUUUUCCUUUAUACCAUAUCCUUUUUAGUAAUUACAGUAAUAUUAUCUUUCAAAUACUAAUUUUCUUUUGAUUUAUAUUAUGUCUCAAGGAGAAGAGCAAACGCAUUUUGAAAUAGAGGGUUUUUGUCAAUAUAAGAAUUGUACCAGACACAGUUAUCUCGCCGCUUUUAAUUUAGCUCUGAAGAAAGGAGAGAAGCUUGAUAAGGGUGCUCGUUGCAGUUUUAUUUACCACUACUUCAUGGGAUUUCACUGGUGUGAGGACUGUUUGAAAUUCAAUCUUUUGAAGAAGCAAAGAAAAACUCUGAUUCCGAUAACCGAAAAUUUAUUUUUUUACUCUUUCUGGUUAUGCACCGAUUGUGCACUUUUUGCUACAACGCCAUGA